AUGGCGGUUCAAGGCGAAGGUAGUCUAAAUGGUCAAUACCAAGGGCAAGCUACCUGUUAUAAUAUUGGAGGCGCUUACACAGCCUGUGGCACAUUGCAAAAUGAUAAUCAGUUCCUUGUUUCUUUGAAUGCUCCUCAGUUUGAUUCCUAUACACCUAAUGGUAAUCCAAACAGAAAUUCAUUGUAUGGUAAAACAACCAAUAUGUUUGUCAUUCGACCUUUUUCAAGCAGUGUAUUUGAUCAAGGAGUAUUUAACUGCAUAUUUGGUGGCUAUCUGAGUUCAGCAAGAUUAUCAAGUCUUUGGAAUGCUUUAUUGGCUGCUGCUAAACAGUUGGGUUGGACACCAGCAAACACCGUAGAAUUUGUGGCAUUUCUUGCACAUGUUGCGCAUGAAACAAAUUAUUUACAAGUAUACAGAGAAAAUUGUCAACAAUAUAGCGCAUGUAAUAAUUAUCAAACAUCAUGGUGUUCUGUUCAAGCCACACCAGGCCAACAAUAUUAUGGCCGAGGAUGGUUACAGUUAUCAUAUCCAUGUAAUUAUAAUAAUGCUGGAACAGCAUUAGGGUUACCUCUAUUAAAUAAUCCUGAUCUUGUUGCUCAAUCGGAUGAAACAGCUAGUGCAACAGGUAUUUGGUAUUGGACAGCAAAUGGAGUUAAUGUACCAGCGUCCAAAGGGAAUUUUGGUGCAACGACAAAUAUAAUAAAUCCUUACGAAUGUACUGGACAUCCCGGUCAGGCUAUGCAGUCAUCGAGAGUACAAACAUAUCAAGCUGCGAUGAAUUGUGCUGGUUUAUCAACGCAAGGAGCUAAUUUAUACUGUUAA